GCGCAACAUUCUUUUGCAUCAAAAAAGCGAACGAUUGUGUUUAUGUUACCACCUGUUGAGUAAAAUGGCGACAGGAAGUUUUGUAAAAAUUUCGAAAGGCAUAUUUUGGACAAUUUUGCCCAUAUUCUGGAUAAUAACGACACAUACAGUAGUCUCAAUUAGUGUUGUAGCAAAAACCGAUCAUUAUUGGAAAUACAAUGAAUUAACGUUGAUGUUACAAGGAUUUGAGAAGGAUUAUCCAAAACUUGCAAAACUUGGAAAUAUUGGAUCCAGUGUUGAAGGCAGAAAUCUCUGGUACAUGCAUAUAACUCACAAUGUUGGAACAGAAGAUCCAAGUAAACCCAUGUUUAAAUAUGUUGGUAAUAUGCACGGUAAUGAAGCAGUCAGUCGACAGAUACUUACCUAUCUAAUUGAGUACUUACUAAAGCAAUACGGCCGAGAUGAACGCCUCACAAAACUUGUCAACACAACCAAUAUUUUUGUCAUGCCUACGAUGAACCCUGAUGGCUUUGAAAAAGCUUGGGAGGGUGACUGUGAAGGGGUGAAGGGUCGUAGUAAUGCCAAUGGCGCAGACCUCAACAGGGACUUCCCGGAUCAAUUUUUGAAGCAACUGACAGAUGAAAGGCGGCAGCCAGAAACAGAAGCGAUGAUGCAAUGGAUUAUGGAUAACCAUUUUGUUCUGUCAGCUAAUUUACAUGGCGGAAGUGUAGUCGCAAGUUACCCAUUCGAUGACUCAAAAUCGCACAUUCUCGAAGGUCAUGAGAGUAAAACACCUGAUAAUGAUCUAUUUAAACACCUUGCGCACGUUUAUGCAGACAACCACCUUACAAUGCCUAAAGGCAAUUUGUGCGAAGGCGACAAUUUCCCCGGAGGUGUUACAAAUGGAGCUAAUUGGUAUGAUGUCCCAGGUGGGAUGCAGGAUUUCAACUAUCUUCACAGUAGCUGCUUUGAGAUCACAGUGGAACUAUCCUGUUGUAAAUACCCUCCACACAAUCAACUCCCUCAGGAGUGGCAGAACAACAGGGAGUCUCUCAUUGCAUAUAUGGAACAGGUUCACAGAGGUAUCAAAGGACGUAUCACAGAUGAAGACACCAAGGACCCUAUUAAAGGAGCUUCAAUCCUUGUAACUGACUCCAACAAGCAUCCAAUUGCACAUUUAGUUGAAUCAACAGACUCUGGUUAUUACUGGCGACUUCUACUGCCUGGGACCUAUAACAUAACCGUAGUGCAGCAUGGAUACCAGAAAUACACAAUAGAUGGCGUAGUUGUCACUGAUGGGCCAGCCACCAUUCUUAACGUAACACUCAAACAAACAGCGGCAUCUGACGAUAACAACAACAGAAUUGCAACAGAUAAACCAACCAAAACAACACCAACAGCAGCAACCAUGACAACACGUGCAUCAUCAGCAGUUACCCUUGACUACCCAGCAACACUGCAUUCUCUUGUUGAACAUGUUAAUAAACUUUCUGAUAGUGAACAUAGAGACAAUGCUAAAUUUAUAGAACCCACUCAGUUCAAGCACCACAACCACCAAGAGAUGACUGAGUUCAUGCAAAUCAUCGCCAAUAAAUACCCAGGAAUCACUCGGCUGUAUUCUGUUGGAAGAUCGGUAAAAAAUCGUGAUUUAUGGACCCUUGAGAUAUCAGACAAUCCUGGCAGGCAUGAACCUGGUGAGCCGGAGUUCAAGUACAUUGGCAACAUGCAUGGUAAUGAGGUUGUAGGCAGAGAGAUGCUGUUGUUGUAUAUUCAAUUCCUAUGUGAGAACUACGCCCACAAUGAGCUUGUGUCCCUAGCAGUUAACAUGACACGUAUACACAUCAUGCCAACCAUGAAUCCUGAUGGCCAUGAAGCAUCACAUGAAGGGGAUGCCAUGGGAGUGAAUGGACGUUCAAACGCUCACAAUGUUGAUCUAAACCGCAACUUUCCCGACCAGUUCCACACAACUACCAAGAAUGCAAAGCAGGAGCCAGAGACAAAAGCUGUGAUGAAGUGGAUCAAAGAAUAUCCAUUUGUCCUGUCCGCCAAUCUCCACGGGGGCUCCCUUGUGGCCAAUUACCCCUGGGAUGAUGACAUCAGACUUGGACAUAGCAUAUAUAGUAAAUGCCCAGAUGAUAAGGCAUUUAGAUGGUUAGCGGAGUCCUAUUCAUUGGCCCAUUCAACCAUGCAUAGUGGCCACCCAUGUGGGACAAGCUCUGGGGAAUAUUUCCAAGAUGGCAUCACCAACGGGGCCCAAUGGUACAGUGUGGCAGGAGGCAUGCAAGAUUGGAAUUACAUAAACACCAACUGUUUUGAAAUCACAAUAGAGCUUGGGUGUACCAAGUAUCCAUUUGCUGCUGACCUUGAGAGCUAUUGGUUGGCCAACAAGUACCCUCUCCUGGUAUACAUGGUUCAGUUACAUAAGGGUGUAAGAGGGUUUGUCACAGAUGGACUCACUGGACUGCCACUGGUGAAUGCCACAAUAUCUGUAGCAGGGAUCGAUCAUUCUCUACAUACUGCCCUAGAUGGUGACUACUGGAGACUGCUGGCACCAGGGACUUACACAGUGACUGCAACUAAAAAAGGUUACACUCCUGUGAGCCAUUCAGUUGUGGUCGGAACCAAUGAGGCCAUUCAGGUGAACUUCACCCUUUCACAAUCCGGCAUAGAGAGCUGGUCCCAGCAGCAUGACUUUCAGAUCAGUGCCAACAUAGCCACCGAUGCUUACACAACUGAUAUUGAUUAUCAGCUUAACUCUUUAGCCAAAUCUCAUCCUGACAUUGGAAAGUACUCCAGCCUGGGACGUACAUUUGAGGGCCACAGUAUAGGCCACCUGCAGGUGUCUGGAAUUACUUCAGGCAAUGUUCCACAUGUGGCCCUGCUGGCUGGGCUCAAUGGAGAUGACCCUAUAGGAACCGAGGUUUUGGUCAGAUUCGCAAGACAUUUAUUUGAAGGUUACGCCAAAAAGGACCUAGGGACUGUUAACAUCCUUGAUAAUGUUGUUGUUCAUAUGAUCAUCAACAUCAACCCAGAUGUUACCAAGGCAAUGCUGGGUGACUGUACUGGGGAAAGCUACAAGGGACGACAUUUGGAGUUUGAAUUUGGAACACAAGAUUCUAAAAUAGAAGAAGUCAACUUUCUUAAGAAUUUCCUUGAGAAGCAACACAUUCACACAGCAAUUAACCUACAGGGUGGAGCCAUAAAUCUUAGGUAUCCACUUGAUUCUAAACAAAUCAACUCUGCAGGUGAAAAGACGAGUGUCACUGACAGUGAAACCACAUUACGCAUGUUAGCUGACACGUAUGCCAACGCUAAUUUGUGUGCUGAGAAAGGUGUCUCUGGUGUUGUACAUGGAAGUGAAGUCAUGGACAGAGAAGGCAGUCUAAUGGAUUAUGCUUUUCUCAAACAUGGAACUUUAAUGGUUUCACCUGCAAUAAGCUGUUGUAAAUAUCCAGUUGCUAAAGAUCUGCCUAAUGUCUAUAAAGAGAACCUGGAACCACUGAAGAAUUUUCUCGAGAAAUCUAGACAAGGCAUACGAGGGACUAUAAAAGGAAAAGAUGGAAGGAUACUGAGUGAUUCGACCUUACGUAUCCUUGGGCAUGGCCAGAAUGUGAGUGUGUCAUCCCUGGGGGAAUAUUUCCAUGUCUUACCAGAAGGACAAUAUCAAAUACAAGCUUGCGCUGAAGGUUAUGAGGAAAUGACGAAAGCAUUCACAGUCAUUCCAUAUGAGGCUGUAGAUGUUGACUUUGUCUUAGAAAAAGCAGUUAGCAAGAUGGAGUACCAUAGUAACAUUGCUAUGGAGUACCAGCUCAAGAACAUCUCAACAAACCACAAGGAUAUAACAAGACUUUACAGUAUCGGGGAAUCAGUGGAAAAGAACAAACUCUGGGUACUAGAGAUUGCUAAAUCACCUGGCAACCACCGUGUCGAUGUCCCUGAGGUUAAGUUUGUUGCUGGUAUCCAUGGUAACGAGAUGGCAGGUCCUGAGUUAAUGUUGCAACUGGCACGCCAUCUUGUGGAUAACUAUAGAAAAGAUUCCUUAAUCACUGAGCUAAUUGAUCGUACCAGGAUCCACAUAUUGCCCACUCUUAACCCUGAUGGUUUGGCAAAAGGCAUAAAAGGCCAAUGUGAAAGUCUGGAGGGUAAAGCUAACAAGAAUGAGGUUGACUUGGAUUCAGAUUUUCCAUGUAAAUGUAUGAAACAUACAGACCUUCAGCCAGAGACUUCUGCCGUAACAAGAUGGAUGGCUGAUAUUCCCUUUUCAUUGUCUAUUGCCUUACAAAGUGGCGCUUAUAUCUAA